AUGAACAGAGAGAACCGCACAGUGGUGAAUGAAUUUGUUUUCCAGAGCUUUUCCAGCUUUCAUGAACACAAGCUGACUCUAUUUGUAGUAUUUCUUACCUUGAACCUUUUAACCCUGGCUGGCAAUGUUAUCAUUGUGACAAUUAUCAGUAUUGAUCAUCAUGUUCACACCCCCAUGUACUUCUUUCUUCGUAUGCUUUCAACUUCAGAAACUAUGUACACACUGGACAUUGUACCACAGAUGCUCUCCAGCCUCAUAGGAGAAAGCCAACCCAUCUCCCUGGCUGGCUGUGCCACCCAGAUGUUUGUAUAUCUCACUUUGGCCAUCAACAACUGCUUUCUACUCACAGCAAUGGGGUAUGAGCACUAUGUGGCCAUCUGCAAACCCUUAAGGUACAUGGUCAUCAUGAACAAGAAGGUAUGUGCCCAACUGGUAUGGGGGUCCUGCAGCAUUGGGCUUCUUGUGGCCAUAAUUCAGAUUUCCUCUGUGUUCAUACUGCCCUUUUGUGGUAGAGAGGUGGCCCAUUAUUUCUGUGACACCUGCCCAGUUAUGAAACUCUCCUUUGCUGACACAAAUCUACAUAAUUAACAUAAUUAUAAACAUGACAUAAUUAAUUUUAUCAUCAGCUCAGUUGUUAUUGUGGUGCCCAUGGGUUUGGUCUUCGUCUCCUAUAUUCUCAUCAUCUCUACCAUCCUCAAGAUUGCCUCAACUGAGGGCAGAAAGAAGGCUUUUGCAACUUGUGCUUCUCACCUCACUGUGGUCAUUGUACACUAUGGCUGUGCCUCCACUGCCUACUUCAAGCCCAAGUUAGAGAACACCAGAGAUCAGAAUUAGCUGAUCUCAGUGACCUACACCAUUUUCACUCCUCUCCUUAAUCCUGUGGUUUACACUCUCAGAAACAAGGAAGUGAAGGAUGCCCUUCACUGUGCUAUUGGCAAAAAAAAACCUUUGCCUAGGUAUAUAGUCUAUUAG